UUCUCACCGUCAAAACCGCACAAACCUCAAUAAUACAUUGCACCUUCAAGAUAUCGCUGAGGAACGCAGAAUUCCUUCUUACUGGACUGAUAGUGGGCAAAGAAUUUGUCCACGAAACAGAAUAGCUCAAAAAUUGAAUGUAAGCAAACAGUUUUAUAUAAUGAAUGAAACUUCAAAUCCAGAACCACCUCGCCUUCCAACAUUUCAUGCAAGUGCUCUUGGACGAUGGCAUGCAGUAAUUGCAUAUGAUGCUUGUGCGCAUCUGUGCCUUCAUGCUUGGGCAAUGCAGUGCAUGGAAGCUCCUAUGCUUUUGGAAAAUGAAUGUUCUUUACUAAGGGAUGCAUUUGGAUUGCGACAAGUGCUACUUCAACCAGAAGAGAAGCUACUGGUGAAAUGCAAUGCAGAGCUUUCGAGUGAGGGUGUUGCACCUAAACCGAAAAAUCUUAUUGGCAAGAUGAAGGUGCAAGACGUAAAGCUCCCUCCAUUGUUGAAGGGAUUGGAAUCCAUGGAUCAGUUAGAGAAGCUCUUAGAUACCAUGAUAGAAACUGAUGAAUUCAGAGAAUGUAGAGAAAAUAUUCAUUGA